GCCUUUGCUUCCGCCUUGGGCACGGCCGCAAAGCCCAUCCCGGGGUCCAUGGCCAAAAGUCGCUGAUCAAGGCCAGUCAUCGGUCACAAUCUACCACCUGCGGACACAGAUCCAUGACCGCCCCUCGGACACGCUUGCCUGCGAAGGCUGUACCUACGUACUCGUACUUGUUGCUCCGUCACAAUCUAAGCCCUCCAAGGUUGCGAUCCUCGUCUUCGUCUUCCCUCUUUUCACUCCUUCAUCCGUCCCCUUUCUUUCCAUCCUUGACUCUUGUGUGUCUCUUCUCUUCAAUACCUUGCACUACCUCUCUCUUUUAUCCUCUCUUCUUCUGCACGCUCCGCCUCGACCCGGCCCAUUUUCUCAUUCCGUCAACCUGACUCCGAAUCCGACCUGGACACCACGUUGCCGUUGCCGUUGCCGUUGCCAUUGUCUACAACUACGUGCCGUUUGGGCUCCCGGCCUUCGCAAAUUGACCCUCGCCACAGCUUAAUUAAUUUUGGCGGCCCCUUUCAAACCCCUUACCCCCCAACGCCGCUUCCCGUCUCGUCUCGCCCAAAUACAUGCGCCACACUCAGGCACUGAUAGUCGCCAACUUUUUCUUUCCCACCCGUUUCCCUGCCUGAGACGGGCGCCUCUCAACAUGCAACGGACGACACACAUCAGAAUGCCACUUUCGCAAAAGCAGAUACCUCACCCCUCGGAACUCGUCGAGUACAACUAUGCGGUCGCUGGACAUGAUGGAACGCUCUGCGACACCGAGGGCGAGCUGUUCAUAAAGCCAUGCACACAGGCCGAAAUCGACUUCUAUCAAUCUUUGCCUCAGAACCAUUCGCGCAUGCUGGAAAUCGUGCCCGAGUUCGUCGGCAGCCUCUCCUUGAACGCCGCCACCGAUAUCAACUCCAUCACCGAGCAGCUGCCAGUAGUAGAUGGAGAUGUCAUUCCCGAGAUGAAAGAGCAGGUCCUCGAGCUGAUCUCAGAGAAGACGGCAGAACUUGCCGAGAUGGCCGCCCCAGCGCCGACGCCGGUCCGGGCAAAAGACUCGGCACCAGUGGAAAAUGUGACUUGGAUACCGAAUGCCAGCAGGAAGAUCCCGACAGACAAGGCGGUUGUGCUGGACAAUGCGGCUUAUGGUUUCAGGCGCCCCAACAUUGUGGACGUCAAACUGGGCAAACGCCUUUGGGCUGACGACGCACCACUGGAGAAGAAGCGGAGGUUUGACAAGAUCAGCGCCGAGACGACCCACCGCGAGCUUGGCUUCCGAAUCGCCGGCAUGCGCAUCUUCAAAGGCUCAGACAAUCCCGAGGAUCUUGACCAGGAGGACUAUCGCAUCUACGACAAGGACUACGGCCGAAAAGAUGUCAACUGUGACAAUGUUGUUGACGCGUUCCGAAGUUUUCUGUACAACCGCAGGGCUGGGAUCGACGACGAGUAUGCCAGAGCCGUCGCAGAGGCUUUCCUGCGAGACUUGAAGCACGUUCGUGAGGUCCUCGAGAACGAAGAGACCCGCAUGUACUCUUCCAGUCUUUUGUUCAUCUUCGAGGGCGACGGCCCCGCGCUCAAGGCAGAGAUAGAUGAGCAGAGCCGGAGCACCGUCGCCUCUGUGAAGGCCAAGACGGAAGAAGACUGUCUGCCUGGUCGGACAACGAACCGAAUCGAUAGUGGCAUCGGCCUAGACGACGAGGGCGAGAUGGUCUUCCCCACACAAGAACAGUACGGCGAGAUGUCUGAGAGCGACGAGGAUGCCGACGAGCAGCACAUCUGGAGAUUGAAGCUCAUUGACUUUGCACACGCUGCCUUCGUCCCGGGGCAGGGUCCCGACGAAAAUAUUCUGCUGGGCGUCCGAAGCUUGAUCAACAUUUUCGAAGAGUUGUCAAGGGACCCAGAAAAGCCGGUGACCAGUCGGAAACAGAGACGGUCAUCUUGAUGAGGGUGUGGAUAGGCGUUCCGGGCAUUACACGGUAGACAUUUGUGUUGAUGAUAUUCGGGCAAGAGAAAAAGAGUUCUGGGCAGCAUCAACGGGUUCAGGCAUGACUGGAUACGGCAAGAAACUUGUUCGAUCCACCUUGGUUGUCCAUGACGAUUCAUCAUAAUACCCCAUACAAGGUCUUGUCGCGCAAGUAGCUUUACCGGUACCUACUUGACUUACAACAGGCGUUCGGAAAGGGGCCCCAGCGGCCUCUUGGUCUUGCAAUAAACUUGGCUUCUCAUGUUAACCCUCUGGUAUAUACAUGUGUGUGUGUCUGUGUGUGUCUGUGGUGUGCCAUGUGGCAGUGAUGUGGGUUCCAGGAGCGCAUGCAUUCUGGACCCUGAUGUUUCUUCCCAGUAAUGUUCGCAACGCGGAGGCAACUAAAUUUGAAACCUACCCUCUAGACCACCGUGGCACCGAGUAAACCCGAACUGGGCACGCGUGCGAGACUAUCAAGACGCUCUGCCAUGUUGCAGGCACAUGCUGC